AUGGCUGUAACAGAGAUGAAAAACACUGAAGCAGAUGUGGGGAAACUGGAUAGCAACGGAGCCAACCAAGGAUUGUUUGCACUAACAGACGAGGAUUGCUGGUGUCAGUGCUCUGUGAGAAAGGAGAAGAUGUGGCUGGAGACGGGGGCCAUGAGGAGGGAGACCCUCCGACUUCCACGCUCCUUUCGACCACGAGCAUUUACCACCCGGGGCCAAACCACACUGGCGGCUCUAACACGGCCUCAAACGCUUCACGCCAGGGGUGCCGCUACAGCCCCGACGCAAAUUCCCCCACAGCGCCCCGGGGGCGGCGCCGCCAUUACGGGGGCCCCGCCCCUGAGCAGGCCGGGGCGCGUGCGCCCUGCGCGUGGCGCCUGCGCGCGGGCGGUGCGGCGGAGGCGCGGGAGGGGCGCGCUCGCUCGCUCAGGGACCGGCCGGGCCGGGCCGGGCACCGCCGCCCUGCAGGGCAGCCCCGCCGCCGCCGCUCCCGCCUCCUCCGCCUCUUCCUCCUCCUCCUCCUCGUCGCCGCCGCAGCAGCAGCAGCUGACGCUGCUCGUGAUGCAGCCCGGCGGCGGCGAGGAGGCGGCGGCCGGGGCGGCGGGGGUGGUGCUGCAGCCGAGCGCCGACCCGCAGCUGCCGCCGUCCGCUAGCGGCGGCCUCAUGGUGUUCUACGAGCUGGGGCCCCCCGGCGAGAUCGAGGUGGGCGAGGAGGAGGUGGAGGCGGCGGGCGGCGAGAGCACGGCCAGCCUGGAGGAGCUGGAGGAGGAGGAGGCGGCGGCGCCGGGGGCUGCGGGCGGCGAGGCGGCGGCGGGCGGCGAGUGCAAGAGCUGCACGUACGAGGGCUGCAGCGAGACCACCACGCAGGUGGUGAAGCAGCGCAAGCCCUGGAUGUGCAAGCGGCACCGCAACAAGAUCUACAAGGACAAGUACAAGCGCAAGAAGAGCGACCAGGCCCUGGGGGGCGGCGGGGCGGCGGCCGCGGGGGGCGGCCCGCGGGCCGAGGAUAGUGCUGAAGGUUCAGUGUCUGUCACAAAGCAGAGAACAGGAUCCAUUGGAGAUCGCCCAGCAAGACCUACUCUUUUAGAACAAGUAUUGAAUAAGAAGAGGCUGUCCCUACUCAGAAGCCCAGAAGUAGUGCAGUUUCUACAGAAACAACAGCAACUGUUAAGUCAACAAGCUUUGGAACAAAGGCAGCAACAGUUUCAAGGUGCACCUGGGUAAUGAGGAAAGAUCAAUGAUCUGCAGAUGAGUCUGGUGCUGAAGGAGGGACAGGAUCUGUAUUUUGUAUAAAUACAAAGAAUCUCAGUGUUUAAACAAAAAUGGAA